GCCGGCCGGGAAGGGAGUGCGGGUCGGUUCUGUGUGCGCUGCCGGACGAGGCUCCCGCCGCCGAUUGACCCGCGCUCCGCCCCGUAGCCGGGCCGGUGAGUGCCCGCGAGACCGCCCGUGUGUUAUGGGGGUCGGGGAGAGGGACCCCUGAGAGGGAGGGAAAACCGGAAGUGAAGGGACCCGAGGAGAGAGACCCCAGGAAAUGGGACACCUGGGGAAGGGGUGACAGCCGGAAGUGGGGGGCCUCAGAAGGUUGUCGACGGGACGUGGGGUCUCUGGGGCUCCAGAAACGAUGGCUUCCUGGCCUCCUCUUAGUGGGGUGGGGAGGAAGGCGAUGGGUACCAGGUGAGGAAGGUUCCAGGCUUCACCGUAACAAAUGGUGUUUGCACCCAUCCAUACGCCCAUCCAUCAGUUCAUUCUGGAGACUGACUGAGUCCUGCUCUGAGCUUGACACUACCGAGGCCCUGGAGAUUAAACAGGAAGCUCCAGGGGGAGGUAGAGCCCAGCGUGGGGCUAGACGCAUCCCUGCUCUACCUCACUAGGUGUGUACCCUCCAGCACAUCACUUGACCUCAUAUCGUCCGCUAAUAUUUACAGAGCACCGUCAUGUGCCAGGCUAGGCCUAUAGCCUAUGGACACUACAGUCUGUCUUGCAGGGAUCCUGGUAGCUAAUGUCCGAAGAAAGCGACUCUCCAAGGACCAGCCCCUCCGCGGCCUCACUCUCGGAGAAUGAGCUGCCGCCGCCGCCACCUCCCGAGCCCCCGGGCUAUGUGUGCUCACUGACAGAAGAACUAGUCACCAAAGCCAGAGAAGAGCUGCAGGAGAAGCCAGAAUGGAGACUUCGAGACGUGCAGGCCCUCCGUGACAUGGUGCGGAAGGAGUGUCCGAACCUGAGCACGUCCCUGGACGACGCCUUCCUGCUGCGCUUCCUCCGAGCCCGCAAGUUUGAUUACGACCGGGCCCUGCAGCUCCUGGUCAACUACCACAGCUGCCGGCGAAGCUGGCCCGAAGUCUUCAAUAACCUGAAGCCCUCGGCCGUAAAGGAUGUCCUUGCUUCCGGCUUCCUCACCGUGCUGCCCCACACCGACCCCCGCGGCUGCCAUAUCCUCUGCAUCCGCCCAGACAGAUGGAUACCGAGCAACUAUCCAAUUACCGAAAACAUCCGAGCCAUAUACUUGACAUUAGAAAAACUCAUUCAGUCUGAAGAAACCCAGGAUGGCUUCCCCAUUCGGAUAAAAGCAGUCCAUGUAGUGAAUGAACCUCGAAUAUUUAAAGGCAUUUUUGCCAUCAUAAAACCAUUUCUGAAGGAGAAAAUAGCAAACAGAUUUUUCCUCCACGGGUCUGACCUGAACUCUCUCCACACAAACCUUCCAAGAAGCAUUCUCCCCAAGGAGUAUGGGGGCACAGCUGGAGAGCUGGACACCACCGCCUGGAAUGCGGUGCUGCUGGCCUCGGAGGAGGACUUUGUGAGAGAGUUCUGCCAACCUGUUCCCGUCUGUGACAGCAUCCUGGGCCAGGCCCUGCCGCCCGAGGGGCUGAGCUCAGACGCGCAGUGUGAUGAUUCCCUGCGGGCCGUGAAGUCACAGCUAUACUCCUGCUAUUAGCCAGUCCUCUGUGAGUGCCACCAUCUUUAAAUCCUUUCCUUUUGCUUUGGGGAGGCACAAGGAGAAUCUGAGGUGCCACGGAGACAGUCUUGCUCCUUGUCAUUGAAUUGCAUCCUGUGGGGCUCUGAGGGUGAGCCACCGGGUAAGCCCUUGGUUACUCGAAUUAAUCCACGGAAGACACGGAAAAUGUCCUCAGUGAUUCCCAAAUGUUUGGAAUCUCGGUUUGCAACCAUUAAUCUGGAAGCUCUAUCUGGUUCUUACAGAUGUCGGAACAAGAAAAACCAGGACCAAAGUCACUUUGGUCCCACAUUCAGGAGAAAACAACCUGACUGGCCAGUGGCGACACGCCUGUGAAAUAACUUGGCCGAGCCUACCAGGUGGCCACACGUGAGACUCUGGGAAUUUGUCUUUCGCAUGAACCCUAACUAAAGACCUCUGUUGCGCAUCGUGAAAUUUCUAGUUUGAGGUCCAGACCCCAGCUGCCAUCACUGGGUUUGGAAAGCACCUUAACUCAAUCGUGGGAGCAUCAGGACAUAAGCAGCACUUCAUGAUCAGAUUUGGGAGCGAGACUUCAAAGCACCUCUGGGAUUCACUGGUUGACUCUUGCAAUAGAAACUGAAGUUUUCCCAAACCCAUAAAGCCUUAGCCCUGGUUCUCAAUAGAAUCAUACAGGAUCCUAGAGGUAUAUGAUUUUACUCAACCUGAAACGCUGGAUGUGAGACCUGAGUAGCUAAAAGAAUUCUGGCCCAAGAAUUAAGAGACCAGGGCUCCAGCCCCAGAUGUGUGACUGUAGACAAGACCUGGGCCUCUGUGGGCCUCACCUUUCUCAUCUGUAAAAUGAGGCUGGAUGAAAUGAUGCCUAGGGCUUUGGCAUGACGUUCUGGGAUUUGGUUUAGUUACUGAAUGUUAGAUGUUGGCUUUCUGCCUAGAAAAAUUGAUUUUCUUGCCUCUAGAUGCAAGUGGUUGGAUCUUGUUUUGUGGUACAUCUGGGCCUCUCCAAGAGGCGUAUGUCACCAUCUGGCCCUGCCUUUAAGGAAACUAGUAUGUAUAUUCUUGGGACCUGGCAAUAACGAACUUCCUUCUUGCAGGGAGGAUUAAACUUGAAAAGGGCAGGUGAGAUGACCAGGGUUUGUAUGAAUUCCUUCUAUCCCUGAGGCUCUGGUGGUACCUUGUAAACCUGGCAGCGGGGAAUGGUUAAAUGACUUGAGUGGGAUUCUUAAAUUUUGGUCUCUGGAAAUUAUUGCAAGGGCAGGUUAUUGCUGGAUCACUUCUGGGGCCCCCACCCUCGCAGACCGUCUUGAGUCUCUGCCUCUGGUGUGGGUGGACAGACCUUAUCCAGCGAGACUGAAUGUUAGUUCUGCAUUUCAGCACUUUAGACCUUUGCUGUCAAAAAUUUAGCCUUAGCCCACGCAUCAAAUUAAGUGGUUCAUUUGGUGGCUUUUGACCUAUUUUCUUUUGUAUUCAUUCCUUGAAAGUCAUGGUGUUAAAAAGUGACGAGUACUAUGUGUUGUAUAAGUACCUUCUCCAUGCAUUUAUUAGACCACCAGGCAAGGGGGACAGCUCAGUUAGGUAGAGAACGGUACUCUGAAAUGCAAAGGCCAGUCUAUUGUUAAUAAGCUCUUCAUCGGUAUAGUACUGUUUAAAAUGUCUGGAGAAGUUGGUGGUGGAAAUUAUUCACCUCAUUAGUGCCAAUUCCAGAGAAAGAUCCUUUCACCAUAGAUACUAACCCUGAAUCCUCGUGGGACCUGGCAGAGCUGGAAAUACCCAAGUGCAUACCCCUGGCAGCCUCCGGUUCCAUCUGCUGAUGACAGUGUGACCAGCAUUGCUGAAAAGAUCAAAAUAGCACAAGUAGGAUGACUAAAGUAGAUGGUUCAGAACCCAACUGCUUGGAGGUGGGAAUUGGUUAGAGGCUUUCUCACAUCUCAAAGAGGAAAGAGUUUAAAAAACAAAACCAACAGCAAGCUACAAUGAAGGACAAAUGAACCAUUUGGCCCCACCAGGUUUCCAAAGUUUAAACUCUGCAUUGCAUUCCUGGCCGGUUUUGCCCGUGUCUAUUUGACUACAGAAGUUUAUAUGUAUUUAAGCUCACCUGGACAAGUAUGUGAGAGACCGGGAUGCUGCCCGUUUCCGAGGCCUCUCCAGUUGGACCAAGGAGCUGUUGCAUUCAGCUUCUGAAAGGAGUCAGAGCUAAGAUCUGUCUGCCUUCUGCAGCUUCAAAGAGAGAUCAAACAGCUUUGACACCUCAGGAGGUUUGAACCAAGCUGUGAAACUGGGACUGCUUGGGUGAAAAUCAAGGCAGUUUCUGUGUGGCUUCGCCAGGCAUUUGUGUAAAGUUUCCCUAGCAGGGUGAGGGAACAACCAAGGGAGCACCCAGUGAGCCUGACUCGGUAGUGGGGGUACACUGAUGGGCCAAAUGAGGGAGCAUCCGGAGACCUGGGAGUGUCUUCCUUCAGGGAAAAAUUCUGGCCCAUUUCACCAACACCUGAAAAGUAACUUUUCCCUAAAUUCAGGGCACUGUGGUAUAGAAAAGGGAAAGGGAUGGUGUAUCAGGAGACCCGAGUAAUGGCUUUAUGUUACCGUGGCCUUGGAUGAGCCACUGAACACCCCUGAAUCACAUGAUAAAAAAGGAUCUACACUCAGCUCUGAACCCUCUGUUUUCGGCAUCAGUUGGCUUUACUGCUACAGGGACAUUGUACUCUGCCUUUUGGAGGCCUUUCCUGCCUCCCCCCUCCUCCCCUGCCAAUCUGGGUUACUUUAUAGGAAAUGCAGGUCUGAAUGAAUCGACAUCUGAAGCUGUCAAUGCCAAAUGACUCUGUAAACUUAGGUAAGAUGGGGGUCUUCUUCCUCUUCUUAUACAGAAUCUGGAAAAUUGUGUCUCUUCCUGGAAUCCUAUUCUGCCUUCACAGGGGGAGGCUGGAGGAAAGCUACAGAAACAACUGUGCACACCUCUGGCUUCUCUGGAGUUUAUUUGCUUUUGGCAGAAGUGGCUUUAGCGUCCCCAGACUUCAUCUUGCUUUUACAAGGAGCCACAUGUCCUUAGAGGUUUACAAACACUUCGGCUUGUUAAGAUACUACAUUUCUGCCAGAGAGAGAGGACAGCAAGAGGUAUUGUCCCUGAACUCCUGUAAGAUACUGAGCCCUUUCUGAAUUCUCCCUGGGUGGGCAGUUUCUUUAAAUGCCACGGGAUUCUCAAGGUCAGUCAUGAGAUUACUUUUUCAUUUGGGGAGGCAAAAGCUGUAGUACUGUUGUGGCAUUAUUAGAAUACUUCAUUUUAAAGUGUUCAGCUUUUAAGGUUUUCUCUUGAAGCCCCCUCUUCCAUUUAGGAAGUGAAGUGUUAACCAAGGUCAUGGCGUUAAGUGUGGCUGUUCUGUGGCAUGAGAUAUGUGGAGACACCAAACAGAAACCUCUCAGCUGUUCGGGAAAGUUGUCAGUUCUGGUGAUGCCUCUCAGUAUGGGGAUCUGUUAAUUUCAUAAAUCCAUAAAUCCAAAGUAAAUUCCUUCCUAUUCUCCCGACUCAGCAAUGGUUUGCUUGACAGGCCAAGUAACAGGCGUCAUCAGAUCCAACAUUCCUCCUUAACAGAUCUUGUUCCACAGGAAGGCCCGGUGUGGCUCACGGUGGAGAUGCUAGUGAUGAAUUUACCGUUUGACGGCUGCUUUUCCUUUGGUCUCCCUGGCCAGCAUGUUUAGCUAGGCAGAAACUCAGCUGCCAUAGGGGAUUCUUGUGGAUUCGCUUACAGCUCAUGGCAGUGGAAUACCCGCAACCUCUCUCCGACACCACUCCGACAGGGCCGGAAGGUGGGCUAAUCUUCUGACCAGACUGGGGCACCGUUUCAGCCGCUGGUCACAUUCCUCGCUUCAAACUGAAAUUCAGUUUAGCUUUGAGUGUAUGGACACGUGGUGGUGGAUUCAUCUACUUCAGUGUUUGUUCUGACCAAAAAGUUUAUUUUUCUAGUGCAUUUUCUAAGUCAAAGUGGUGAAAACAUGUAACUUUAGUAUGCAUGACUGGGUCUGAAACAAUAAAAAAAAAUCCCCGUA